CUUUCGUCCACUCAAACCCCCGUCUAAUAUAUCGAAACGUUGUUUAUGUAUGAAUCGGUAAAUGUUUUUCACGACUUUUGGGCCAAAACUUGUAAUUUCAGUGCUUUUGAAGACAAUUGUAAGCAAACCGUUGGUUCAGAUCAGAGGACAUCGCCUGAGAUAUCUUGUAAUGACAUCAAUGGAUAAGAUUAUCGAUGAGAUCAACACAAAUCACAUAAAAAUAUUGUCGAAAAUCCGUGAUUUGGAGCAAAAGAUUGCACUCAAAGAGCGGUCCAUUGAAGCGAAAGCAACGAAACACGUGUUGACCGCAGAGGAGAUCAAUGUCGAGAGACAACGACUCACUCACGAGAACAAGAGUCUGACGGCAGAAGUGAACCGAUUGGUGACCACUUUGAAUGAAUUGGAGGCCAAACGAGACCCAAACGCGGUGUUUGUCUGCAAACCGACGCCCAAUGGAGUGUUGAGUGACGCGAAGACCUCUGAGAAGACACCACUCGAUGGCGUCGACAACACAAGAGUGUCACAAAAGACUGAGAAGAAGGAGAAGCCGAAGAAGGAGCCCAAAGUGGGUGCAAACAAGCCCUCAGCCAAUGCCGACGACAAUAAGCCGUUGGAUGUCUCGCGACUAGACUUAAGGGUCGGUCGCAUCCUAUCUGCCAAAAGACAUCCCGACGCCGACAGUCUGUACGUCGAGGACAUCGAUUGUGGCGAAGAGAAGCCGCGGACAGUUGUGUCCGGUUUAGUGAAGUUUGUGCCGUUGGAGGAGAUGAACAACCGAUUAGUUGUGGUCUUAUGUAACCUAAAGCCGGCAAAAAUGCGAGGAAUCACUUCGGAAGCGAUGGUUAUGUGUGCGUCCACUCCAGAAAAGGUGGAAAUACUGUCGCCGCCCGAGGGCUCCGUUCCCGGCGAUCGCGUGGUCUUUGAUAAGUAUCCGGGAACGGCUGAUUCGCAACUGAAUCCAAAGAAGAAGAUUUGGGAACAAAUCGCACCCGACUUGAAGACCGACUCGCAAUGUGUGGCCACUUAUAAGGGCGAGCCGUUUAAAGUAGAGUCCAAAGGCUUAGUGACCGCCAAAACAUUGUCCAACGUUGUCGUCAAAUGA